UGCUGGUUCGCCCGGCUCAGCGAGUGGUUCCGGCUCAAGUGGAGCGGAGGCAUGGCGUCGCCCAUGGAGCUGCUGUGUUGGGGAGGAGACUGGGGGCUGCCCUCUGUGCACACCGACUCGCUCAUCAUUCUGGCUUAUGCCAAAUUUUCACGGGCUCCCCUGAAAGUGUACUUCAUUAAUAAUCCAUGGAAAACACCUACAGGGGACAUUCCUGUAUUGAUUUCCGAUAAUAAAAAUAUUGUGCAACCUGAUAACAUUCUGAACUUCCUGAGGAAACAGAAAUAUAAUGCUGACUAUGAAUUAACAGCUAAACAGGCAGCUGACACGUUGGCAUUUAUUGCACUGAUCGAAGAGACGCUACGACCAGCUUUGCUGCACGCUUUCUGGGUUGACAUCGAGAAUUACUGCAAUCUGACCCGACCAUGGUUUGCUUCGAGAAUCCCCUUUCCAUUGAAUUUCUACAUCCCAGGACAGAUGUCAAGAUCUGCGAUGAAUCAGAUAAUUGUGUCCAGAGGAGAGCCACCUUUCUACAACAUCAAGGAGGUGGAAACACAGAUAUACAGAGAUGCAAGGGAAUGCCUGAACCUUCUAUCCUACAGAUUGGGAACAUCUAAUUUCUUCUUUGGAACAACGCCAACAAGUUUUGACGCCUUUGCAUUUGGGUUUCUUGCUCCUCUGUAUAAAGCAGAGCUGCCUAACGCUCAUCUCCAGAAGCACUUGCAUCAGCUCCAUAACCUUUGUCACUUCUGUGACAACAUCUUAACCCAGUACUUUGUACAAAGCUCCUCAGUGACCUCAGAAGAGAUGGUGGAUGAAAACCUGCAGAAGCUGACCCAGCUUGUAAACAAGGAAUGCAACCUGAUUGAAAAGAUGGACGACAAUCUUCGCAACAGUCCCCAGCAUAAAUCCCAAGGAGCAGUCCCCUUAAAACUGUCAGCCAUGACUAGUGAAGUCAGCUCAUCACAGCACUGAUGCCUUGACAAUUCUCGUUGCCUAAAAAUAUUUGUAGCAAGUCUGGGAGGAACAUAUCUUUAGUAUGCCUACAGAUCAGUAGGGAAAUAGAGAUGGGAAGGAAACGAAGUGCCAUUUUGAGAAGAUCUGCACUGAACCUGUGUGCAAGAUGAAGAUAUCCAAAGUUUUACAUAGAUACAUCAGGCUCCAAUGUUUUGUUAAUUCUAAUUCAGCAGCUGGAACAAAAGAACCAAUAUCCUUUCAGGCGCAGUAUUUCAGGCACAUAUCCGAUUUUUGUUUAUUUUAAGUUAAUGUAAUGUUUUGAAUGACAAUAGUCUUCUAUGUGUUUCUAGAUUCAAUUAGUCCUGUUGGCGUGCCAGUUUUGAUAGCUUUGACCAGGUGGUGGCUGAUUCUGGAGGCAAACGUCAUCUGAAAAGCAGCAGUGUUUGCUAGAAUAAGUCUCUGCUUCAGUUCAGCUGUUUGUACUAGACAGAAGCUGUCCAGCUCUGGCCUGAUAGUCAUAAAUGAACAACUACUUCUUGUAGCUCUCAUUAUUGGUAGCUUGCUAUGAACGGCAAAAUCAUUACCUUGGGUAAUAUUUCUAAAAUGCUGCAGUUACUUGGCCUUAAUCAAUGCAAUGGUAACUCCAUAGCUUUGGUGAUUACUUAGUACAGACUUAUAAAUAAUGUAGUUUAUGAUUUUACUAGUUUCCGUAAAUUGGUUGUUAAAACACGGACAAUGUUUGAAUGUAGUUUAGAACUUCAUUGUUCUUCGAAGCAACAUAAGCUUUUAGAGAAAAAUGUGUUCUGAGCUUUGCUCUGUUGCACUAAUGAAUGUUAUGGUUUCUGACCCAUGAAUGCAAGAGGAAGCCAUUGGACUCAUUUCAGAAGUAUAUCCUAUCAAAUUUAGCACAGGUACUGCAAGGAAAAGUUGCUUUAGAAAUUGAAUGUGUUACCUUUUAAUCUCAAUUGCAAUUGAGAUCACUUUUAGAGUGGAACAAGUUUUAAGAUUGUUUUUAACUGAGCCAAUCGAAAUCCAGUUCUAAAGUAGUGAAUUGGUUAAAGCAUCCUUGUUUAGGAUGUUUCAAUUGAUAAGUGAACACACAGUAUUAACAAAAAGACUGUCGAUGUCAAUAAUCUGGAAUGAAAAGAGGAACGAUACAAGAUGCUCAGCAGACUAGUCAGCAUGUGAAGAAAAGAAGUAGUCAUGUUUUUGGAUCAAAGAACCUUUGUCAGAACAUUCAGUUUGACAUUUUUCUAUUGUGACAGACCAGCACAUUUGGAAAAUGGUGAUUAUUUUGCCAUUAAUGACAAACUUUGUAAAGUAUAGGUUAUGCCUUGUUAAAAUUAUUCUGUUUCCUCUCACAUUCCAAAGGUGUACCGGGUAGGAUAGUUUGUAAAUUGCCCCAUGAUUAGGUUAGGGUUAAAUCAGAGUUAUCAGAGGUUACUGGGGUAUGUGGUGUGGAGGGCCAGAAGUGCCUAUUGCACACUAUAUCUCUCAGUGAAUGAGUAAGUAGAAGUCAAAGUGAUUUUUUUUUCAUGAAGAAAUAGGGAUGAAAAGCCAAAAAGUGACAUUUAUAAUAGUUGUUGAAACACUAAUAAUGCUAUGAAGGUAUAGUAUUUGUGUUUAUUUUGUUCUAUGUUUUUAAAAAAUCUUUUUAAUUUCAGGAUUUGGCAGUAUGGACGUGUGUAUUUGUGCACUCCCAAGUGCUCUGUGAAGUGUUGCUGAUAAUCUAAAUGUAUGAAAGCUGGGGAGCUCCUACAGAAAACUGCCUCCGUCAUUGAUAUCUAUAGCACUAAUUUUGCAAGUCUCUUGUUAAUCAUUUGCUUAAGGAUGUUCGGUAAAUUUGACUGAUUUUUUUCAUGAGAAUGUAGAUGAAUAUGUUUUUAAUCAAGAGUUGUUUUCUCUACAAUGUCCUGUUUUAAAAUCAAGUAACUGGUUAACAGUUUUGUGUUUUAACUUUUAUGUUCUUGGCCUAACUUGACCCAGUAAGAAUGCAAUUUGUUUUCAAGCAUCAUGAAUGUGGUUAUACUCAGUUUAUAUUAUAAAUGGUUAACAGAAUUGAGAUUGUAGAUAAUUUAAUGCUGAGGCUGCCUGUACUAAUAUGGUGAAAAUACAAUAACUACUGCUGCAUAUUGCACUUUACCUCCAUACCUAUAAUUUGUUUCAAGGUGGCAUGAAGUUAGACUGGCAAUGCCUACAUGCUUGCUGUGAAUAUUUUCCAUUGUGAAAUUUUUUCAUACUCCUUUUAAUCGUUCCUGAUAAUGUAGAAUUUAGCUGCAAUUUUAAAAGCUUAAAACCUGUGUGGUUAUGGGCACUGGCUGUAUUUGCUAAGGUUUGAAGUUGAUAAUUUAAUCAGAUUUGGUGGGUUGCUCUCUUAAGUUUCAAAUAUUCCUCGUCCUUGGAAAAUAUGCCUCACUGAGGUAGGGUGGAAGCUGAACUCAACAAAAGGCAAAAACUGAGGAGCCUGCAUCCUUUCUAGAGUGACACGUGUAGCUCUAAGAAUUAAUCUAUAUGUCUUGGGAUGUAAAGAAUUAUAUGAAUCUAUGUAAAGAUGUACCAUUUUAUGUAAAUAAGACGCCCCCUUUCAAAAGCAGCUAUGGGUGCAUAUAUCAAGAUAGGCAUGAAGCCGACUAACUAGGAAUGAGCAAUUAGUGCUCUUCUUGCCAUAUUCCAAGAAUUAAUAUAUAAAAAUGGGUUAAACCGUGUCUGCAACAGAAACAUAAUAUGCAGAAUUAUCUAUUUCUUAGAUGCAAUUCAAUUCAGACUCAUUUAUUUAAUUUACAUUUAAUCAAAAUGUUUGGUUUCCAGCAGGCAGUUGGAACAAACUCUGCAGAUUGAGUUUAAAAUUCAUAAGUCAAUUCAUGACCCCUGCAUGGAGUUUAUUGCAAAGAUAUCACCAUCAAAGUUGUAUUCAGAGCAGAGCACGAUGACACUCUACAUUGUUUGGGUUAUUACAUGUGCACGAGGAAGAGAGUUUGCAUCGCCACCAGUUGAUAACAUUGCCAAUGACCUGUUCAGAUCCUGAUUAUUUUUUUCCAGCCUGAAGUUCUUGAAGGCAGGCCAGCUUUAUCAUGGGCCCUUAAACAAAUUCUUUGUUUCAGACUAUACUUGUACUAUGUUCACUGUUAUUGACAGUUAGAGGGGGUAGAAAUGGCGUUUCAUCACUAUCCAGUGAAUAGAGGGGUUCAAAGGUCUCGAUGGUUUGGUAGGGUUUGUUGAACCUCCUUGCAUCCAAUUGAAAAACUAAGAAUAAUUGAUUGCAAUUUGUGAUGCAUUGAUUCAGAAAGUAGGCAAAUAUUUUCUUACAAAAAUUGUCUAGUAAUUGACCAUUGACAAUGUACUUUAAACAAGUAAGUCUGGCAUUGAUGUAAGCAGCAUAAUUUCUAACUAUGCUUUUAAAACCUUAUUUCUACUGUAAAGACAUCUAACCAGAAAAAAAAAUCUUAAAAUUCAUUACUUCCCCAAAUUGAUUUAAUAGCCAUCUGUCAUUAACACCUGAUGGAUACUUUGAAAGCAUCGAAAGGUGGUUUGCAGCUGAAAGCUAAUGUUGGAACAGUGAUGUGCAUUGAAUUUGCCAGAUCUUGCACAUUGGAAGUAUUCACUUAAUUUGUUCCCAGGAAAUGGGUUGAGAGAAGGAAGCAGAAGUUGACACCCACUUCCAACAGUUGUACUUGGCAUGUGGUGCUGGGCUGCCGUCUGGAAAGACUGCUGUAUGUGUAGUGAUUCCUGUUAUUGCUGUUAUUUCUUGUAGACUUCGGUACAAUUCAGUAGCACUUUACGUUAUUUUGGGGCAGAGUUAAGAAACAACUGUGUCCUCUGGGCUGGGCACCUUUUUGGGGAAAUGUUAAUACACCAGUGGUCUUGUUGGUAGGUUAUAUGAGUGUGUUCACGAGUGGUAGAUUCCAGGGGGAUUGAGAUAAAUGUCAGGAGAAUAAAGUAAGUUGUAUGAUGGUGAGCAUGAAUUGGGACUGAAGGGUUUGUUUCCAAGCUAUAUCUUUCUACAGUAGUCUGCCAGUUUCAUGACAUUUUGCUAAAGUCAAUUUUAUUUAUUUAUGUAAAUUAUAUUUUUAAAAUUGCCAUGUAGGCACUAAUUAGUCCAGACCGCUGGAUUGCUAACUGAGUAAUAACCACUACUACCUGAAUAAGAUUUAAUUGUUAAAAGGUGGAAGUUAAAUCAGGCUGUGCAUGAAGCUUUGGUUUGUCCUUCAAGUGGUAUCAGUUUCAGAGAUCUUGUGUGAAAUACCUCGAGCCAAAGUACAUUCAAACCUCUUGAAUUGGGGACUUGUGCACCGUGAUUUGUGCAUUGCAAAAGGUAUAGGUUGCAGAAUGGAGAAGAAUUAACAAUUUCAAAAAUAUGAUGAAAAGCUGAUAUUAAAAUAUUGAAAUCAGUUUUAAUAUUUAGGAACCUACUUGGACUAUCAGUCUUCCAGUUGAGUCAUUCUAACCUCUGAGUAAUGUGUUUUCAAUUAAGCCACACAGGGUACAUUAACAUUCCACAGAAGCCUGUCUGGACACAGAAGGGAAUCCCUUUUACAUUUGCAGCUGAUAUAUUAGCUGCGAUUGUACUUUCGAAGCUAAAUGGCCUUUGCUAUUGCCAUUGCUCAUAGCUAGUUAAGUAGAAAAUGGUACGUGAGGAAAUUAUAACCCUCUGUCUGGAUACAAUAGCAUUAAUAUGUUGUACUUGAAUUGUUGGUGGGUACAGCCAGGAAAGUAGCCAGCUGCCAACAAAAAAAAUGUGCAAAUGCUGGAAAUCCAAGCAACACACACAAAAUGCUGGAGGUCUCAUUGUGCCUGUGCAAGUUCUUCAAACAUAUCGUCCAAUUCCUGUUAUCUCAUGCGAGCAAGGUGAUCUGGUAUACGAACAGUUUUGCUGCAAUUUUGCUGGAGAAGUGAAUUUGUGUUGAUUCAUAUUUAAAUAAGGGCUGUGAGAUUUUAAUUUCUCUUGGAUUUGCGAUAGAGAGAUGUUCCAAAUUUUCAGAUGUCUCUCGAUAUAUGAAACAGCAAUAUGCUGGAAGUGCAGAGCAGGCCAAGUAGCAUACCUGGGGUGGGGGAGGGGAGAGAGAUGGAGUUAACAUUUCAGAUCAAUGAUGUUUCCUCAGACCUGACAUAUUAUUGGUUUCUCUCUCCAUAAAUGCUACCUGGCCUGAUGAGAAUUUCUGAUGUUUUCUGCUUUUCAAUUAGAUUUUUUUGACAACUGCUAUUUUUUCAGUCCAGAAAGGCAAUGCCUUGUUUUUCCCCAAUUAUUAAUCUUCCUAAUUUUCUUGUCAAUAAAGCCCCUUACUGUUUCUGUUUAUUGGCAGUGGAUUCAAAACUGUUUCAUGUCAUUUCCAGUACACAAAUGUAAAGGAGAAAUAAAUAAUUGUUACUCUUGA